AUGGCGGCGGCGGGAGCGGCGUGCUCGUCGGCCUCCGCCUCUUCGUCGGGCCUGGCCGGCGGGAGAGCACCGCGUCGGACGGCGGGGAACCGGCUCUCGGGGUUGCUGGAGGCCGAGGAGGACGAGUUCUACCAGACCACCUACGGGGGCUUCACCGAGGAAUCGGGGGACGAUGAGUACAAGGGAGACCAGUCGGACAGCGAGGACGAAGUGGACUCCGACUUCGACAUUGACGAAGGGGACGACCCCAGCAGCGACCAGGACGACUCGGUGCCCAAGCGGAAGAGGAGGGUGGUCACCAAGGCCUACAAGGAACCCAUCAAAAGCCUCAGGCUGAAGAAGCCCGACGUCCCGGUUAGCAGCUCUCAGAAGACCAGGGAAGAAAGAUCAGCGCCUACAGAACUGGAAGACACGGUGGACAGCCGGAAAUAUAUGCGCCAGUCGACCACCGAACACACCCGCCAGACCUUUCUGCGCCUCCAGGAGCGCCAGGUGCAGUCCAGGCGCAAGAAGGGGGGCGGCCCCAGCUACGACAGGCCCCUGACCCAGGAGGAGCUCCUGAGGGAAGCCAAGAUCACCGAGGAGCUCAACCUGCGCUCUCUGGGCGGCUCGGCGGCUCUCAAUGAGGGGCCUGUUCCGAAGGGUUUCGAUUCUGCGUCCCCGAACGUAUUUCAUGGAAUGAGCGUUGGCCGGUGUGACGAGGAGAGCUGUUGGUCUCCCGAGUCCAAUGGAGCAGAAAUAUUUUGGAAUGCCUCUGUUCUCGCCUGCGUUUCUGACUCAAUCCGGGUUUAAAAAGCAGGAAGGAUUCCAGGAUUUAGGGCCAGGGAUUUUCUGGAUGUGUGUGUGUGUGUGUGUGAGAGAGAGAGAGAGAGAGAC